AGGAGGCCUUUGUGUACAGAAGCCCAGACGAGGACGACUACCACAGGUCUGGGACCCCGGACUCCGAGGCCCCUGAUGGACCCUACAGCAGCGAGGAGAGCAGCUCGGCUCUUCCCACCAGCGGGGACAGAGAUCUGGGUCCUCACAGCCACCCGGACUCCAACAGAGACACCAAGAGUCCCGGCGGGGGCCCCACAGCUCAGAUCAGCAGCGGUCAGAGCAACGGGGGUCCCGGGUCCAAACCCAAGAGGAAACGCUCGGGUUCUGACUCCAAGUCGGGCAAGCCCCGCAGAGCUCGGACUGCCUUCACCUACGAACAGCUGGUGGCGCUGGAGAACAAGUUCAAGUCCACGCGGUACCUGUCCGUGUGCGAGCGCCUCAACCUGGCCCUGUCCCUGUCCCUGACCGAGACCCAGGUCAAGAUCUGGUUCCAGAACCGCCGGACCAAGUGGAAGAAGCAGAACCCCGGGGCCGACACUUCGGCCCCCACUGGAGCGGGAGGAGCGGGAGGAGGCGGCGGGGCAGGGGGGGGAUCAGGAGGGGGCCUGGGGGGUCUAAGCCCCCUCAGCCCGUCCCCCCCGGUCAGCGGGCACCUGGCCAUGCACGCUGGCUAUGGGGGCCACCACCACCCCCCCACGGGGAGCCUGGUCCAGCUGCCGUUCCUGACGGCCAGCCACGUCCUGUCUCCGUUCAUGCUGGGGACACAGAGCUACGCUGCCCCCGCCUUCUACAGCACACAUCUGUAGACCCGCCCCCUUAGAACCACGAGGACCUGGGUCCUCCACAGACUGACAGACAGUAUGGAGUCCACCCCACCACCAGUUUGGAGCCGGGUGUUGGAGUCUGUUCAAACACUGAAUGUUUCUUUUUGAUGCUAAGAAGUUGUUGUAUCCGUCAGCUGUGAUCCGUUCUAUUAGUUCUUCUCCUCUCCUCACAUCAACACAAAAAUGUUGACCUUAAACAGAGGAAAACCCGGGAAAUGGUUCUGGUUCAUGUCAAAGCCGUCAGGUGAGCAGGAAGGCCUGAUUGGACCAUCCAGACCAGCUCUGAUUGGACGUUUCCUCAGUCCGUCUGUGAGCUGGCACAGGUUGAAAGCUUCAUGUUCUUCUCACUGACAGACUGGUUUAUAAAGUAUCUUUACAAAGUGACGGAGAAACAGGAUGUCCCAGCAGGAAACAAGGUUUAAAACUUCUAAAAGUGGGUUUAGAUCUAAAACAUGACGAAAAAAUACAUUUUAUAAAAGCAGGUUCACAAACAGAGAGGUGAAAGAAACAGUUAUAAAGAUUUAGUUAAGCUUUUCUGUCUUGUUAAAUCAAACGUUAUAUUUAGUUUCCUUGUGUUGGUCCCAUGGAGAGAGGAAAGACAUGUCCUAGUUUCAGUGUUUGGACUUUAAAGAUGACAGAAACAUGUAAAACAUGUAACUUUCCAAAUAAGACCCCCAAAAUUUGACAACUUCCUGAUCCAAUGUUGGUUCAAAGAGCACUAAACGUGAAAAAGAAAACAGGUAAAACAGGUUUAACAGUACUGGUACAGAGUUUAUGAGAAAAUGAGACUUAAAAUGAAACCUUAAAUAUGACGUAUGUCCAAAACAAUCUCCAGACAGAAGUCCUCAAAGCUUACGGUCAGAGGAACGGCUCAGAUAUAUUCCUUCAGUAAGUUUCAGGAAGCUCACAUUGUUUUGAUAAAACCAGGUUUCUAUGACAUGUCACCAAAGUGUUUGAGACCCUCCAUGGUUCGUCUCCGGUUUUUGAUAAAGGAACACCACAGAAAACAUGUUACUUCACCCAGAACCAAGAAACUGAGGCACCUAGCUGUAGCCGGGGGAGUUCUCUGGUCAGACCUUGGACCCUGAGGCUCAGCUAGGCGAAGUCUAAAUUAUCUGCAAGGAUUGGCCUUAGUGUGAACCAGAUGGCAGAGCUCUGACUCAGUCCUGACUUUAGGUGCAAGAACCUCACCUCACUUCAUCGCCAACACUGGAGCAGGAACCUAAAGGUCAGGUCGAGUGAUACCAACUCACCUCUGGAACCAAAGUCCAGGACAGAGGUUAGACUCUUUACGAGGUGUCAGGUGGGUGUGGGGGUCCUCCCAAGCCCCAUCUGUUGGACUUCCUCCAGUUAAACAAGUUUCUUCUCUGUGGCUUCACGCUUCAGGAGGGAAAGUUCUGACUGUUGUUUGGGAUUCUGCAUCGUUAAGAUUGCCUGGCCUUCUUGGAAUCUUUGGAUGAUACUGGAAGGAGUUGUUCUCCUGGGAGAGUGGGUCUUUAGACCUCUGUGCUUCAUAUGGGCUGUCCUUAACAACCAUCAUGUUAGAGCAGAAGGUGGUCCAUAAGUCUAUGUAAUCUACAUGGUCCUAGGUGUCUACCUUAGGUCGAAGGAUGGAUUUUGGAAUAAUUUCAUCAGGCUUUAUGUUUUGGACACCGGGUAAAGAGAUGUCGACUGAUCACCUGUGGAGGUUCUGGUAAACUGUUGGACCAGUUGUAAAAAGGAAAGUGGGCCUUGUCCCAAGCUGUGUUUGGUUUGGGUACUGCUGACCCAGACUGGAGGAAUACUCUGAGUAUCUCCUUAGACCAGUCAUCAAGUCCACCUUUGAGUGGGGUAAAGUCUGAGGAUCAAGGUACGAUGAGUUCAUUACCAUAGCAUGAUUCCAGGAGUGGAGGAGAUUCAAGCCCCCAUCCUGACAGGAAAACACAACAACCCGUUCAACAUAAAGAAAUCUCCAGUAGAACCAGAAUCAGGAAUCAACAACCCAUUCCCAAUCCCAAGUCGUCACAUAUGGACACUUUUCCAAGGUUCCUUCUGCGUUCGAUUUUGACGCAUCGGGUAACACCAUCACGUCAGUUAUUGACGAGAUGGGGUGGAAUCUGUUGUCAUAUUUUCAGAAAGUGUAGAAAAUGCACAAAAACUACUGUC